UUGAGCGAUAAACAGCAACGCGCAUGCGCAAGAGUCUAACUCUACCCGGAAGUGUCCGCCAAAAAAAAAAAAACGUGUAAGGAUGAAGAGAUUAUUUGCUUUUUAAAUAAUAUUAGGUUUUGUUUUAUGCGUCACUUUUCCCACAAGUACAAACCUAACAGAAUGCCAGAGUUUGAGUUGGAGCAGGUGGAUGGAGAAGGAGAAGAAGGUGAAAGAGGAGAAGGAAAGCUCAUUGAUUUGCCCCAUGGAGACUCUAUGAUCGGUAGAGGACCAUUUCUGGGCGUGAGCGAUAAACGAGUGUCCAGGAACCACGGGAUUCUGGAGAACCUGGACGGACAGCUGCGUCUCAAACCCAUACACGUGAACCCCUGUUUCAUUCAGACAUCUCUGGAUGCAACACCACAACCGCUAGAGAAGGACAAAUGGCACUGUCUGAAGGACGGAUUCAUCUUCUCCCUGCUCCCGGGGAAAUACAUCUACAGAGUGCGUGCUGUUGCAGAGGAAAAGACACCAAGGAACAGUCAGGGUUUUGAGGAGGAAGAGAAGGAGCAGGUGGAGGUGGUGAUGGAGACGGUGUCCGAGACGGAGCAGAACCUCGGAUCCUCUCGAUCGUGUGAGGAGACAUUAGCGUACACUCCUCAGGCCAAGAACAGUUUCACCUACGAGUCGGAGAUGAGAGACGAGAGCCACACAGCAGGUCCUGCUACGUUCAGUCAGGUUGGUGCUGAUUCUCGCUCUUCUUGUAAACUGGACUCUGCAGCCCCUCUGAUGCCUCGUAAAAAAAGAAUUCUUCCCGCUUGGAUGAUGGACGUCGCUCCUAUAAACACAUCAUCGCCAAAAGUGAAACGAGCUCCAGCACGAGGAGCCCGAAACACGCCUUCAUCCAAACCCUCAGGAGCCAAACGUCCACGGGCGAGGAUGCCGUCAUCAUCAGAUGACAUGGAGGAGGAGAAAGUGAAUGAGGAGGACGAGGAGGAUGGAUGUCGCAAGACCCAGAGAAAGAGAGCGAGGAGGCUGGAAAGUGACCCGGAGGAGAGCCAGGACCAGGUUCCGGUCUCAAGGGCCAGCCAGGAGAGGCUACAGGAGGAUGAAGAUACCAACACAGAGAGCAUAGCUCAGAAAACGGACGUAAAGGAGAAAGAAAGUCAGAAUUAUGAGGCCGAUCAGAGGUCCAAAAAAACUGAAGGCUCAACCUCAAGGCCGGAAAGCUCCGGAAAUACGCAGACAAGUGUUCAGCAGAAGGCAAAAAUUCAGCACAGGAUGCCGUGUCCCUACGGCAGCUCCUGUUACAGGAAAAACCCGAUCCAUUUUCAAGAGUGCAGUCACCCCGGGGACGACGAUUACGAGGAGGAGCAAAACAACCGGGACGACGAAGAAGACGAUCGGCCCGAGUGUCCAUACGGCACUGACUGCUACAGGAAGAAUCCACUACACAAAAAAGAGUACAAGCACACCAAACCUCCAGCUAAGAAGACUGUACCGCUUAAUGAUGAUGAUGAAGAUGAAGACCAGUACGAGAACAGCUUCAUUAAUGAUGACAGCGAAGAAGAGGAUGUAGACGAGGAUUCUGACUAUGUUCCUGAGUCGGAGGACAGCGGGAACGAGUUCAUCAAACAACUCAUGAAGGAGGCCAAAGGCUUUCUCAAGAAGAAGAAAUAACCAGACACCUGAAAACAAGGUUCCUGUUGGUGUUCUUAGAGACAGUUUGCUAAGAUUUAAAGCUUAUCUAAGGAUGAUGAUGUGGGUUGAGGGUGACACCUGUAACAUCGGCAUUACAGCAGAAUGUAUGUUUCCGAAGCACUUCCAGGUUUCCAGCAAUACUGAACACUACUAAAUGUCCAGAUCAGAGUCUCCAGAGUUUAAAAGGUCUCUCAGGAAGGAUGUUCAGGUUUCAGGUGCACCUCUGGAAUAACUCGCAAGUGUAAUAUGAGACUUCUUGUGCAUUGUUGAAUGUUUACACCAGUCUGUUAUAGAGACUAAAGUUCUGAGUUUCUAAGUAAGAACGUAGCGCAAUUAGAGCUGCGUUUCCGUUAUGAUUCAGGAAGUACUUCAGUAUUGAAAAACCUAUUUUUUUAUAUAUUUUUUUUAAUUCAUUGUUCCUAUUUUAUGUACUUUUAGUAAAACGUUAUUUCUCAGAAUGUUCCCAUGGUGUAUCUGGAUGUUAUUUGAUGGCAUAAAUGAAUAACAUUCUACUGAGGUGUAAAUGAAUACGCUUUUGCACCUUUUGGAGGAUGUAGUAUACGUUUUAUAUGUGGAAAAUUUUACAUAUAAAGGAAUAAAGAAAUAUGACAAUAA